AUAAACAACGACGGCGGCUGAAAGGCGGCAAAGUAUGAAGAUGAAGAGCAAACAAACGAAUGAAGGUGUCCUUUGGAAAAUUAACUAAAUAUUUUAGGUUAAACUUUUGUUUUUUUCUUGUUUAAGCCGUCUGAGUUAUGGAGCAGCUGUUCAAUAAAGUGUUACAAGUCAUCGUGAGGUGUAAAGACUGCGAGGAAAGGAGAGCCAACAUCCGAGUCACCAUUGAGCUUCAGCUGACAACCAGUCCCGUGCAUAAAAGGGAUCUUCUUGUGAGAUUAACUGAUGAUAUAGAUCCAUAUUUUCUCUUCAAUCUUUCUAUAUCAGAAGAAGAUUUCCAGAGUUUGAAAGUGCAGCAGGGCCUCCUGAUAGACUUUGGGUCGUUUCCUCAGAAGUUUAUCGACCUGCUGAACUUGUGCUGCUCGGAGCAGGAGUCAGACUGUCCCAGGUUUCUCCUCCAGCUGACAUGCCAGUCUCCACUGCUGGAGGGUGCAGCCUCCUUCAGUGUGGUCGAGACAAACGCUUUCAAGCACCUGAACCACCUGUGUCUACGGCUGGUCCAAGGCUCAGACAAAGAGGUUAAAGACUAUCUGGCAGCCUGCCUGUCUUCUCUGAAGGCAGAAAAGCAGGCUGUAGAGUCAAAGCUCAAGAAGACUGAAGAUGAUCUGUCUCGACAGCUAAGCUAUGCUCAACAGCUGCAGAGCAGGUUUCAGCAGGAGACGGAUCAGCUGCGUCAGGAGCUGGAGAGCACUCACAAGGAGAGCCUGCAGCAGCUCCAAGGCAGAGUGACGGAGCUGGAGAGCUCCUGCAGAGAGCUGACGGAGAAGAAAUACAAGAACGAGUCCGUCAUCCGAGACCUGAAGAUGAAACUAGUUGGUUCAGAAGACGAAUCGAAGCGUUCUAAGCAGCAGGUUCUGACUCUCAGGAGGGAGAACAGCACUUUGGACACAGAGCUUCAUGAGAAGGAGCGUUUGGUGUCGCAGCUGCAGAUAAGAGUAGCUGUUCUGGAGCAGGAAGUCAAAGACAAAGACCUGCUGAUGAGUCGCACUAAAGAAGUGCUGGAGGCCACUCAGCACCAGAAGGAAUCAAUUGAGGAAAAUGCAGAAAGUAAAGAAGUUCAGCUGAGAAAACUUGAAGCAACGGUGAAAUCUCUGUCAGAGGAGCUGCUAAAGGCUAACGAUAUAAUCAAGAAGCUGCAGGGGGAGGUCCGAGGCCUCGUGGGAAAAAUCAAAGUGAAAAACACGGUGACUGUGUCCCAGGAGAAGGUUCUCCAGGAAACCCAAGGCAAGCUUCAGAGUGUUGAGAAGGACCUACACAGCAGUCAGCAGCAGCUCGUUACCAAGGAGGAGGAGGUUUCCAAACUGAAGGAGCAGCUGGAAGCGAGCGUACAGAAGUUAAAUGAAAGCAGAGAAGUGUUAAAAACGAAUGAGAAUGUUAUAAGCUGGCUGAACAAGCAGCUCAAUGAGAACCAGCUGUCCAGAAAAGCUCCUGAGAGUUUGGAGAAUCCCUCUGUGAUGUCAGCAGCGACAGGACUGAAGGCCCAGUUUCAUCCAUGGUCUGGUAAAGCUGCUGUGAUGGGCUCUGAGCUGACUUCUGCUGAACGAGCUGGACCCACAGACAACAGACCACUUGAGAAAUCUUCUGGUCUGGAUUCAAAGUACUUCAGAAGAGACGACAGCAUCCCGGUUUACAGUUUAUCAUCGAAUCUGAUCCCUGGAGAGGUACAUCAGCGUCCAAAGCCUUCCAUAACUUCUGCUUACUUCCCUGCAUGAAGUCGACUUCACUGCUUCAACUGAACAUUUCACUACAGAGGAAGGUCAUCUCCUUCCAGGCCUUAAACUCUUGUACAAAAUUAUCCUUAAUGUUAAAUAAACUUUAUUUUAAAAAGCUGAUUGUUGUGAUGAAGAUGUCUUCAUCCAGAAGUAUUUGUUUGUGUUUAAUAAUUUAUUCCACUUAUUCAUUCUUAUUGUUUAUUUACUUGUUUUAGCUUUGAGUUAUAUGUGAAUCAUCAGCUCUCUGUAAUGUUUAAUGUUUUUAUUCUAUGGUCUGCCUACAGUUAAAAUAAAAAUACAACUUAUUUAAGGAAUAUUGCUCAUUCUGUUACAAAGAAUAAAAAAACAUGUAAUGUCUUCAAUCUUAUUUUAACCAAUAAAAAUCCCUUUAAAAUAUAAA